AUGGCGUGGCUUCUCACUGUUUAUCAAAGGACAUGUACUCUCCAAGGCCGGAUACUGUCUCUGAGGCAGGACCCUUCCCAUCUCCAUUACAGGGUUACCUGGCCGGAAUAUCAGGAUGCUCUUCCGACGCCGCCAUCACGCAGAGUCACAGAUGAACUCAAUCAAGACGACACGGAGGAGCUUGUUCGUCGAUACUUUAGCUUGAACCUUGACCUUGGUGCUCUAUACGAUCAGUGGUCAAAAUCGGACCCUAAUUUUCAGAAGAAAGCCCCUGAGUUUAAGGGUGUGCGAAUUCUUAGCCAGGAUGCCUGGGAAGCGCUGAUAUGCUUCAUAUGCAGCAGUAACAACAACAUCAGUCGCAUUUCUCAAAUGGUCCAUAAACUAUGCAAUCAUUACGGGCCCCUCAUCGGCUACAUUGAUGGAGAACCCAUGCACGACUUUCCCACUCCCGAAUCUCUUACUGGCAAAAAUGUCGAAUCACAUCUACGAGAGCUAGGUUUCGGCUAUCGUGCGAAAUAUAUUGCGAAUACGGCUCGCGUAGUUGCCCUCGAGAAACCAUCCUCAUGGCUUGAAUCGCUCCGUAAUCCUCGACACUCUGGGCCCGGACUCUCGUCAAGUGCGGGCAGUAGCAACCCAACCUACAAGGGAGCCCACGAAGCACUGCUGUCAUUAACUGGUGUCGGACCAAAGGUUGCUGACUGCGUAUGUCUUAUGGGCCUCGGUUGGGGUGAAUCUGUUCCGGUGGACACACACGUGUGGCAGAUAGCGCAGAGAGAUUACAAAUUCGGCAAGUCAAAAGCGAAGACGUUCAACAAAGCAAUGUAUGAUGCAGUCGGGGACCAUUUCCGGACCAUUUGGGGUGACUAUGCAGGAUGGGCGCACUCGGUGUUGUUUACGGCUGAUCUCAGAGAGUUUUCAAAUCGCAUAGGCAAGACUCAACCGGUGGAAGAGGUCGAACCGGUCCGGGUGAAAUCCGAGAUCCAGGAAGAAGUCAUACUGAGCGGACCAAGAAAGAGGCGAUCGGCUGUUGAUGCAAAAGCGAGAAGCAAUACAGUGGUCGAAAAUGUAGGAGAGCGCAAAAGUAUCGAGACGAUCUCCUUACAUAAGCGCAGAAGGACGCGGGGGAGCUCGUAG